UUCUGAAAUUUUGUUAAGCAAUGUUAUAUCAUAGUUAUUUGGAACUCAAUCUUUUUCCCCAACAUAUUCUGAGAAUCUUCCUUUUAGUCACAAAACUCCAUCAACUUGGUCUCACUCUUACAUGUGAAGAGGUGCAAGUGCAAGUAGCCCAUGACUGCAGCAGCCACCAUGUGUGUUGAGGAAGCUGAGCAAGUUGAGCAUCAUGAUCAUCAAGAUAUGGAGAAUACUAAGAAGGAAGACAUGAUUCAUAACAAAAAGUGGCCUUUGCAUUGUGAUAAUCAUAAUCUCUUGAUGGACACCACCUCUUCUUUUGCAUCUUCCACUGCAAACUCACUCCCUCUGGAAAGCAUAUGUGAGGAGACAGUGAUUGCAGACAAGAAACAGAACGGUUCAAGCUUUGUCCCGGCUCUGCGCUCCGGCGAAUGGUCUGAUAUCGGAGGCCGGCCUUACAUGGAAGAUACACACAUAUGCAUUGGAGACAUGGCAAAAAGAUUUGGAUAUAAUAACAACCUACUUUCUGAGGAAGCUGUUUCAUUUUAUGGUGUAUUUGAUGGACAUGGAGGGAAGAGCGCGGCUCAAUUCGUGCGCGAUCAUCUGCCUAGGAUCAUUGUUGAGGAUGCAGGCUUUCCUUUGGAACUUGAGAAGGUUGUUACAAAGUCUUUUUUGGACACUGAUGCAGAGCUUAAAACAUACUCUCUUGAAUCUUGCCUCUCUUCUGGAACCACUGCACUCACUGCAAUUAUAUUCGGAAGGUCAUUGCUUGUAGCCAAUGCAGGGGACUGCAGGGCUGUGUUGUCGCGCCAUGGCGCGGCAAUAGAAAUGUCCAAGGAUCACAGGCCUUACUGCAUCAAAGAGAGAAAUCGAAUCGAGUCCCUAGGUGGAUUCAUUGAUGAUGGCUACCUGAAUGGUCAGUUAGGUGUUACUCGUGCUCUAGGCGACUGGCAUCUUGAAGGAAUGAAGGACACUGGUGGAGGUGGUGGACCAUUGAGUGCUGAGCCUGAACUCAAAUUGAUGACAUUGACCAAAGAAGAUGAAUUCUUGAUAAUAGCAAGUGAUGGAAUUUGGGAUGUUUUCCGGAGCCAAAAUGCUGUGGAUUAUGCUCGGAGGAGGCUUCAAGAACACAAUGAUGUGAAGCAAUGUUGCAAGCAAAUAGUAGAGGAAGCAAUAAAGAGAGGAGCAACAGAUAACUUAACGGUUGUGAUGGUGUGUUUUCACUCAGAUCCACCACCCCCUGUGGUUGUGGAAAGAGCAAGAGUUAGAAGAAGCAUAUCUGCUGAGGGACUGCAUAACCUCAAAUGCCUGCUACAAGGUUAGGUUAGAGAUUAUGUACAUACACACACUUUCAUCUAUUAUAUAUAUUUAUAGCCAAUGCUGAAUUCAAGAAGCUGAGACUGAGACUGCACCAACUCAUUGAUUUGCUUGUAACUUGUAAGAAUAAUGUGUGUAGCAUUGUACUAUUAUUUUUCAGAUAUUAAAAGCAGAAAUGAAUUUGUAAAUAAUUGUUUGAUGCUAUCUAUAAGAGAAAUGAUUUGGAGCA